AUGGAUUCUGAAUACCCGCCUUUACCGUCAUCCAAAGCUUUCAAUGCUUCGCUUCAAAGCAUAUCACUUUCUGAUGGCGAAGGUAAUACUCAAGUACUUUCUGGAUCAGAGACGCCGACUUCUAUGACCAGUGGACGAGGACAAGGAUCCUCAUAUUCAAGUACGCAAGUCAUUGUUCACAGCGGCGACCUUAUCCUGCAAUAUACGUCCUUGAAGCAUGCCGAGACCACACAUACCCGCUGGAGAGUGUCUAGUGAAAGCUUGAUGCAGAGUAGUCCUUACUUUCGUGCUCUACUGGAUCCUGACAAGUUUUCCGAGGGUAGAAAUCUCGUGAAACAGAGGGAACUGCACAAGCUUGACGUAAAUACCACUGUCAGCGGAGACGUUGCUGGGUUUUCAGGAAAUCCUAGCUCUGACCAGGACGCGCUCCCAACUUUGCGAUUGCCAGAUGAUCACUUGCCACCACGCUUUGGGCCAGACAAUAUUGGGCUUUUUCUCAAAGUUCUGUCUUUCAAUUCGUUCACGGAGGCAGAGAGGGAAAGCUUCGAAGCAGAAGUCAGAGCUCAAAAGCCGUCGUUCAUUGCUGGAUUGAUAGAAAUAGCCGAUGCCUUCAACUCCCCUGAAACUGUCCGGGAAUGCCUUGAACGGGCCUGUUACACUCUUGGGAAACCAAAGCUGCCAUUUACCAAGUUCACCGCCUCCAUGCUGAAACUAAACGAAAAUCGUAUUCGGCAAUCUAUAUUCAUAGCAAAGUUUUUAAACCACCAAACCGUCUUCAAGAUGCUCACGCAUGCUCUGGUUGUUGGGGGAUCCAGGUUCUGGGUUAAUGGAAUCGAGCCUCCGGCACCUGAUAGUCCCGGUUGGCACUAUCUCUCAGAUGGCCUCGAAGAGGAACUCUACUACCGCCGCCAAAGUGUCCUAAACACUGUCACCGACCUGCAAGCCCACUUCCUUCGCAUCUAUGGUGCGCUCGGAGAGCCCACGCCCCCGAGCAAACCCGGCACACUUCCCCUUCCCAACCCGUCACCAGCAUCCCGGCAAUACCAAUGCCGUUGCGGCCUCGGCAACUCCAGCGCCUGUGACAUCUUCCACCUUGGACAGAUGACGCGUUUCUUUUCCCUCCGCACAAAAACCAUCUUCAUCGGCUCUACCCUCCUAGACCCAGACUUCAACCCAGAUAUCGAAAACGCAGUCAUUGAAGGGGAAGUAGGAACACGCCCUACCGACAUCACAUCCGUAAUCUCGCUCCUCAAACAAUGCCCAGACUAUCAGAUUGAUUCUAACCAUAUGGCCUGCGGUAUUCGUCGCCGCUUUCUUCCCGCUUUGGAUUGUAUUGAGGGCUUUGUUGGCGACGAGAGGGGGCUCCUAGGCGUGAACCUGAGUUACUGGCGUAAAGAAGGAAAUGAUGAGAGACGCGGAGGGGAAAGCAACUGGCCCCAUUUCCAGGGUUCCUGGGCAAACCGAGCCCAUCGUAGGGCUCUCCUGGUUGAAAUCCGCUUGUCCAGGAUUAUGGGGAUACCGCUUAUGUCGCCGGGGAGUUCAGCUGCAGAGUAUCGCGAGGAGGAUGCGCGGCUACUUUUUACAGCGAAGAAGAGGAAUUGGGAGGCUUGA